AUGAGCGACUUUGACGACGAAGACUUUUCUCUGGGUGACGAAUCCUCAGAUAACGAUCGAUUCUCACUCGAUGACAAUGAAGAAGAAGAAGAUGAUGAUUUUGCUGAAGAAUCUACUGCCAGUGACGCAUCCGAUCUCGAGGACUCGGGUCCGAAACACAAAAAAGCACGAGUGUCACCUCAAGAAUCGGCUGUCAAAAGCUCCAAACCGAGAAAAAUUCGCUCAAACGCAACCUCACGUUCUUUACCAGUGAAAAAUACAUCAAUUGGUCCAAAGGUUACAGUUUCCAAGGCAAAAGAUGCAGCUACUACUGCUCAAACGUCUCCAGCAGCUUCAACACUAAAGGUUAUAACAGCUGAAAAUGCUGAAAUGGCAGUACUGGAAUACAUGCGCAAGACCAAUCGACCUUAUAGUCUGCUUAAUGUGUUUGAGAAUAUGCAUCGUGCCAUUGCUAAACCAUCUCUGACAAAGUUACUGGACAACCUUGUGAUCAAACAAGAGUUGGCGAGCAAAACGUACGGCAAGGCAGCAAUCUACUACAUGAAUCAAAACAACUUGCCAACACCGUCCGAAGAAGAACGGAUGGCAGUGGAGGAACAAAUUAAAGCUGUCACUGCAGAAUGUGCUACAUUGGAGCAGGAGUUGAAGAGUGCAGAAGCUACUUUGGCUGGCAUCACUUCACAAAUCUCCGACGUAGACUUGGAUACGGCGAUAAAACAACUUGAAGAGGACGCAGAAAAUCUAGAGAAAAAGGCCGAGACACUGGAUCAACCUGGUCGAGCUCCUGUGUCUCCUGGCAGGAAGGACGAAUUGAAAUGCAAGAUUAUGAAAUAUCGCACAGCGUGGGUGACACGUAAACGCAUUGCGAUGGAUGGCGUCAACCAAAUUGCCGAUGGAAUGGAAAAGAAGCCAAAGGCUGUGCUGGCCUUAAUUGGAUUGGAAACAGAUGAAGACGCCGGUAUCAAGGAGCUUCCAAGUAUAUAA